CACACAGAGAGCAUACACGUAGUGCGUGUCGAGGAAGUGAGAGAGCGAAAAAUCGAACGAACGAACGAACGACCGGUGCAUUCCGAAGGAAAAGACGAGACUGUAGAAACAUUUUGCAACGCAACGCGCGCUUCGUCCGUAAAUAUAUAUAUAUAUAAAAAAAAGAAAAAAUAACUAAAAAAUAACAAUGGAGAUAGUCUCCAGACUGCUCUUGAUAUUAGUCCUGGACACACUGUGCGUAAUAACCGUUGGUCACGCAGCGCCGUUAUCAGAUACAAAAGACGCUUGGAAUCGAAACGUUUUCGCUCCUGUAGUGAAAACGGCAUGCUCUUCCGACGGACAAUGUUGGGAAUGGUUACCGAUAUCAGAAUCGUACGACGAAACUCUCAUUAUACCCGAAAAAAAUAACGAUAUGACAAGACUACAAUACCGACGUCAAAUUGCAAACCCAACGUCCGAAUUUGUAUCGAAAUCGUUGAAAAAGAGCGCGUUGGACGAAGCGGGACGCGAACUACGAACGGCGUUGCUGAGCAAACAGAUAUCGGGUAGAACCGCAAAGAAAGAUGUGUCCCGCAGUAAUUGGACGCCAUUUUCUGUUCUGUACAUCCCGCACGGACCGCGAACGAAUCACGCUGUAACGGCAAUGUCGAUGUCUCAACGACAAGAAUCUGGUAUGACGACCGAAAGUCCGAUUUUAUUCAUUGAACAUCCUAAUUCGCGCAUUGCUCCGCGAAACGGUCAACCUACUGUGCAACCAAGAAGACAAUAUUGGACAAUACCACAUCUACUUACAUCGUACGGCUGGCGUGCCUUUGGAAAGUAAAACGGUGAAGAAUACGUCGUAAUAGGAACUGUACCUGUAACAUCCAUGCUUAUAAAUUUAAAUUUCAAUGUGGUACACGACACGGAUAUAACAAAACACACAAUACCCCCAUCAAUCUUUACCUUGUCUCGCUACUUGUUGAGGAAUCAACAUUGGUGGUGGUGGUGGAGGAGGUG